UGCAUUUUCUACGGAUCACUGGUGUCAUUCCAAAGGGGGCAUGGAUCAAUGGAUACAAAUGCACUCGGACAAGGAAAAGGACGGCAUAUCAACUGAGGGAUGGGCUGUCAACGGUCAAUUGCUCUGCUUGAGCUGCUAAUCUUCACAUUUUCAAUGAUGACCUAUAUCGUACCAUCUGCACCGAGAAGCCACAACCGGUUGACCAAUUCGAAAAUAAAAGGCACAUUAGCUUCACAUCCAUUUCCAUGCUCACAAGUGAUCGUGUGCGUAAAUAAUGUCCAAAAUUCCGAAAUUCUGCGUGUUUGAUAUCUGUAUUGGGUGUUUUCAUGGCUCCCACCAAAGUCCACACCUCGCCUUCGCCUCCAACCUCAAACGAACCCACGACA